AUGCGACGCGCCCAGGUCCGCGAGGCGCAACAGGCAUAUCGCUCUCGCCAAAAGUCCCAGCUCUCUUCACUAAAAGCUCGCGUAGAGCAACUGGAAGAUGCGUUUUAUCACCUGAGCCAGACCAUGCAUGCAUUCGAUGACCAAAUGCUCCAGAAUGGGUCGCAGUGGUCUCAACCUGACCUUUUUCGGACAGUUCAGUUGCUACGGGAUGAUAUAGUGUCCCACUUCAAGCGGGCCGACAUUCAGUUCCAAGAGCCUCCAAAGAAGCAAAUGUCAGAAUCAUCACCGGCUGUCGUUGAGCAAUUACACGCACAGGUCGCCUCCGAGGUACCAAGGGGCAGAUUAAAAGAUCAUACUUUAGAGUCGGACUUCUGGAAAUUGUUUUUGGGCUCGUCCGCUGGCAUGAUUCCAUCGACUAACACCCAGACCCUGUAUAACCGAUCGAAGGACUUGGUUCCCAUUCCUAUGACACUACCUAUCGCUGAUACACACACGAUUCAAUACGCAACCACACCCUUCACCCAACGGCUUUUCCGCGCUUGUGCUGAAAGUGGGCAUCGAUUUCUGUCGAAUGAGAUAUAUAAAGAUGAAGACAUGUGA